ACAGCAAUCCGGAGAGCAGGAAGGGAUCGGCCACAUCGCUCUCCUUGAUAAAGCGGUUUGAGUCUAACGACUGUAGCCGCCUGCAUCAAACAUAUUAUGAGCUGAAUAAGCUCACCUUUGAGAACCAGCGGGACAUGUUCUCUGAGAGCCUACACCAGGAGCAACUGAUAUUUGACUCGGAGAAUAGCUCCAAUUCCAGCUCUAGCUCGUCCAGCGAUAGCAGCGGUCACAGCCUUCUUAGCUCGCGUCUUGUCAGCGGAGGUGCAGGGAGAACUCGAACCGGAACUGGACGACAAGACGGCACUGCCCCCAGGCGAAUGCCGCCCAGCUCGGCAGAGAACCUCUCUGAAGACUCUGGCUAUUGCGAGCCCAGAACUCUGCAGCAGGAAAAAACUACAUCCAUACCAAAGAAUUUUGAAAAGCUCUGCGAAGAGGAGGAGGAGCUGCUGUUGCUGGAGGAGAACUCACCGCAUUCUCGUAACUUCACUGGCAUACAUGAUUUGUGUCAGCCCAAAAUAGAGCAGACUAUAAGCACGGUCGCAACGCCCUGCUCUCCGUCGACUAUUAAUAGUUCCCCGGAGAGGGCCUGCUCUCAAUCGGAAUCUACUUCGCCGCUGCCAUCGCCGUCCGGAUCGACAUUGACGUCGUCCGCCGCCUCAUUCACUUGGCUGAGCAACAGUUUGCCCGACAUCCGCGAGUCGCGAGGUCCAUUCACAGUCGGAAUCAUUAACACGGAAUCCAAAUACGUGGCCAACGGCAACGUUCUGGCCACCACCAGUAAAAACAGCAGCAGCAACGUCCGCCGCAGCCGGAGCAGCAGUUCCGUCGAGAGCUGCGACGGUUCUUCGCUCCUAGUUGCUACCCACUCUCUCAACGAACUUCAGCAGUUUGGACGACGGCGACGCUCACGUCAUAUUCCCCAUAACUAUCGCAACUGUCACAGCAACAGCAGCGCGAGUAGCUCCAGCGAGGAGUUGGACUUGGAGCGGGAGGAAAGGCGGGACGACUUUUUUCUUGACUGUCACAGCCUGUCCAGGAACCGGCGCAGCUUCUGGAGCGAUCGCGCUAAAAGAGCAGUGGGUGUGGCUAGUGCAGGGUAUUUGAACGCCAGCUACCAGAACCUCACGCUUUUGGACUAUUCAGAUAAACUUCCAUCGGUAGACCGUCUUCAAAAAAACCUUAAAAGAAUCCAGGCUGAAGUAAUGUCGGACCAAAGCAGCGUUGACGCAAGAAACUAUGAGCAAAUUAUUUGCAAGGGUAACUUUUUACUGGAUGAAAUCAGCAAGAUUUACGAUAAAAAUGUGUCUAUACUGACGGAUAAGCCGGACCUGGAAGAGCAGCCUACUCCGCCAGAUGGCUGCGAUUCAAAUUCACCCAAAAAGGUUUUGCAAGUGCAACUGACCGUUAGGGCACCACCUCGCCAAAAGCGUCCGACCCAAGAGCAGCAGGUCAACCUGUCACGUAAUAGCAUUGUCAAAACAUUCGACCAGGACCCGACCAACUUGCGCACAUCAUACGCCCAGAGCCUGGAGCAAUACCACUUUGAGGUGCGGGAGGCGACCGAUACGGCCACCCCGCAGAGGUCCCUACCAAAGCGCCGCUUUCAGUCCCAGUUCCAGAAGUCGUUUGGCAAACAGCGCAGUUUUGUUAACAGCACUCCCAAUCUCUCGGUCUGCGACGACGGACGCCGGGAGCCGGAGGACGACAUCUACGUGAGCAGUGCUCACACUUCAAUGCACCACUUACCCCAAAUGCCAACGCAGUCGAAGCCUCUGGGUAUCCUGCUGCCAGCAGGAUCGCGCCACUCCUUUGGCAAGGAGGUGAGUUUCUGCCCAGUGGUAAGCAAGUACUGCUGGCAGGAGCAGACCUCCGAGGAGCCGCCCGAGGACCAGAGCCACUUCAGCGAAGCCGAGUUUGGCCCGUCGAGCGAUGACGAGUUGCUGGACGAUUCGGACGCCACUGUGAUGCACAACACUAAAGAGAACGAAAACAUCGCUGCACUCUUUGAACAAGAGAUAGUCCAGAGUUUAAAAGAGCAUCCGACCACGCAAGAGACUGUACCUCUGUUAAUGGUGACCCGAUUACAACGAGUAAUAACUUUUCGGAAAGGCUCAUCAAUUGCCUUUUAAAUCGU